CUCACAGCUCCCCCUUCCACCACGUAUAACCCAAGAGGCCGGCAUUUUGGACUGUUUUGGCCUCCACAAAAUACCGGUCAACUGUCUCUCCCAUGCUACAGAGACACCUUCUUCGGCUUUGGUUAGUUAAAAAGAAAAAGACAUGCCAUACAACAUUAACAUCAACAAGUACCAUGAAAAAGCCUGAAGCGAAGUUCCAUUUUUAUGGCCGAGGUCGUUCAUGAAAAGAUGACACAGCUUUGUCGAGAGGUUGUUCAUGUAAAAAAUAUCAAGUGGAACAUUCUUGAACGAGUAACAGUGUUUAAGCAGUUUUUUCAAUUCAUUUGGGACAGGAUUCUAGCUUGCUCUAUAGGCAAGCCUGUGAGGUACCGGAGGUUAGCUAGCCGGCCGUAUUCUCCACCACCGGAGGCCAUGGAAGCCGGUGUAGAGUCGUUAGACGCUGCAAGUUGUAGUGGGUUCAACCCGGAUUCGGAUUUAGUCCGUUUGAAGAUUAGUUUGUUGGGUGAUUGCCAAAUUGGUAAAACAAGCUUUAUGAUCAAGUAUGUGGGAGAUGAGCAGGAGAAGAAAUGCUUGGGGAUGACAGGAUUGAAUUUGAUGGACAAAACCUUAUUUGUUCAAGGAGCAAGGAUUUCAUUUAGUAUAUGGGAUGUAGCAGGUGAUAGCAGGUCAAUUGAUCAUGUUCCAAUUGCAUGCAAAGAUGCAGUGGCAAUAUUGUUCAUGUUUGAUCUUACCAGUCGCUGUACUCUUAACAGUGUGCUUGAAUGGUAUAGUCAGGCAAGAAAAUGGAAUCAGACAGCAAUUCCUAUACUAAUAGGGACCAAAUUUGAUGAUUUUGUCCAACUUCCACCGAAUUUGCAGUGGACAAUAGUGACUCAGGCAAGGGCAUAUGCAAAGGCAAUGAAGGCAACCCUUUUCUUUUCAAGUGCUAAACAUAACAUAAAUGUGAACAAGAUCUUCAAAUUUAUCAUGGCUAAACUCCUUAACUUGCCAUGGACUGUAGAGAGAAACUUGACAAUUGGAGAACCCAUUAUUGACUUCUAAUGGUGUCCCUUCGGCACUGAUCCUCGUGUACAUAGCCGAAAGAGGGAAAAAGACUGAAACAAGAUAUAAUAAUUCAAGCCCAGCUGAUUGAUUCUAGAGACUUCUUUUUAUUGUAUGGUUCUCCUUGUUCUUUCUUUCUUUUUUUCCUAACUUCACACUGGAUUGGAGAUCGCAGAUGUUACCAAGUGCAUGGUAACUUAGUGUGUUUUUGUCUGCGUGGCCAACCACGUUUUAACCGAUGUAUAUGAUGCUUUUUGAGCGGUCAACUGCAGUUUGAAACGCGGUUGGCCACGUAGAAAAACAGCCCUUAGAGUAGAGGGGCUAUAGCAGUGGGUUUUCUUGAUGCAAAAGAUUUAAAAGAGGUGAAAUAUCUUCUUCUCUGUCCCAUAGUCAAAAUGAUGUUUUUUCCUCGUAUGUUCUUCCUUCAGGUUAGAGAAGGAAUCAAUGCUGCUUAAAUUAAUAUAAUUCAAGUUGGUUUCUUCAAGAAACCUGCCA